AGAGGCAACAUGACUUCCAGCAGCAUGAACAUGGGCAGGGUCGUCUUCUACGAGGACAGGAACUUCCAGGGUCGUUCCUAUGAGUGCAGCAGCGACUGCGCCGACAUGUCUUCCUACCUGAGCAGGUGCCACUCCUGCAGGGUGGAGAGAGGCUGCUUCAUGGUCUACGACCGCACCAACUUCAUGGGCAACCAGUACUUCCUGAGGAGGGGCGAGUACUCUGACUACCAGAGCAUGAUGGGAAUGAGCGACUGCAUCAGGUCCUGCCGCAUGAUCCCCAUGCACCGCGGCUCCUACAGGAUGAAGAUCUACGAGAGGGAGAACUUCGGAGGUCAGAGUCACGAGCUGAUGGACGACUGUGACAACGUCAUGGACCGUUACCGCAUGUCCAACUGCAUGUCCUGCCACGUGAUGGACGGACACUGGCUGAUGUACGAGCAGCCCAACUACAGAGGCAGGAUGAUGUACAUGAGGCCUGGAGAGUACAGGAACUUCUCCAACAUGGGCAUGAGCAACAUGAGGUUCAUGAGCAUGAAGCGCAUCAUGGACUCCUACUAUUAA